CGUGUCCGAUAUACAGGCAAGCACCGCAAGCAUCCGGGAGGUCGUGGUCUUGCUGGUGGUCAACACCACCACCGAACCAACUUUGACAAGUACCACCCCGGUUACUUCGGAAAGGUUGGUAUGCGUCACUUCCACUUGACCAGAAACAGCUACUACAGACCAGUGGUCAACCUGGACAAGCUCUGGACUCUCGUCCCUGCUGAGCAACGCAAGGGCUUGACCUCGAGCUCCACUGAAGUUCCCGUCAUUGACACUCUGGCAGCUGGGUACGGCAAGGUCCUCGGCAAGGGCAGAUUGCCUCAACUUCCCUUCAUCGUCAAGGCACGAUGGGUGUCAGAAUUGGCAGAGAAGAAGAUCAAGGAGGCUGGUGGUGUUGUCAAGCUCAUCGCAUAAACAGCAAACAUGCGCUUCAGUUCACAUCGUCAUCAUGGUUUCAACUAACAAAAUCCUUCGUUCUGUACAUCUAGCCUGGCCAUCGAGUGGCACCGA